AUGAGCGGCAAAAUUGAGGAGCUUUUCGACGCGAGUCCCCCUCCGUAUUGGUCUCAACCACCAACUAGACGCUUCCCGGUCCGGAGACGCCGAGGACGUCUAAUCACUCUCGCGGGCCUUUUUGUUUUUGUUCUAUCCGUGUCCCAUUACAGCAACGCUAUUCAGAAGCCAUCGUUGAACCAAUCAGAGCAAUUUGCAGAAGGGCUGAGCAAGUGCAGCGAUAGUAGCUUGCAAAGCCUGAGUCGAAAGUCGCCCUUUCCGAAUCGAUCAAACCCGCGCUGGAACUCGAAAUCUGGACAGAAGCAAGCCAUUGUUCUCCAUAAUGCGACUCUUUUCGACGGGGAAAAGGUGCUUGCAGCGCCUGUCGAUGUUGUUUUUGAGCAGGGAGUAAUCAAGUCAGUUCACGACACUCGAACUGCGGCAAGCUUGCCAAGCGACACAGUCGUGUAUGAUGUCAAAGGGAGAUUCGUUACCCCAGGUCUCGUUGACAUACACUCUCAUCACCUGGAACUUCCCUUCUCUUCGGUUUCAGCGAUCGUCGACGUAAAUGAGAAGCCUGGACUUGGUCCCAUCACUCCUUUCGUCCGUGCGAUUGACGGCUUCAAGCCGUAUGAUCCUGCCAUCCAGAUUAUUGCAUCCGGCGGUGUCACUUCAUCUCUUAACUUACCGGGUUCUGGCAACAUCAUCGGUGGCCAAGGGUAUCUAGUGAAGAAUUUGCCGCUCCCUGGAGAGGAUGGCGAACCGGUUGUUGAAGAACUGCUACUCGAGCAUGGGAUUCCCGAGAAGAGUCGUCAGCGAUAUUUAAAGAUGGCAUGCGGCGAGAACCCAAAGCACCUAUAUGGACAUACCCGACUCGGCAAUGCUUGGCUCCUGAGACAACACUUGGAAAAGGCUCAAAAGCUCAAGUCUAAACAGGAGGCUUGGUGCCGUAACGCCCAGCAGCUUCAGUCCGGUAGUCUGUUCAAAGAAAGCCGAGUGUCUCGCUUCGUGGACGAAGUAGGUGAGCGACCGGAAGACUUGGAACUAGAGGCAACGGUUGCUCUUAUCAGAGGCGAGUUCAACGUCAACAUCCACUGUUACGAACCCGAAGACCUGGAGCGGAUGCUGGAUGUGCUCCAUGAGUUUGGGGUUCACCCGCAGGCCUUCCAUCACGCUCUAGAAGCCUGGCAGGUCCCCGAAUUUCUCAAAAAGCAGGAAGAGAAUAUCACUAUCGCCACUUUUGCUGAGAACGCGCUCUUCAAGCAUGAAGCCUAUGGAGCCAAUCUUCGAGGCCCCAAGAUUCUCGAUGACCAUGGCAUUCGCGUUGUUUUGAAAUCGGACCACACUGGUGAAGGCAAUCAUGCGAAGUACCUCAUGUACCAAGCCGCUGUCUCGCACUCGUUUGGCUUGUCAGAAAACAAAGCCCUACAGUCUGUGACCUCUGUUGCAGCACAGUCCAUCUAUCAAGGCCAUCGAAUUGGCUUCGUCCGACCUGGAUAUGAUGCCGAUUUGGCGGUCUGGGAUUCUAAUCCCCUUUCGGUUGGUGCUACGACCGUUCAAGUAUUUGUCGAUGGUAGGGAAGUUCUCGAUAUCAACGACUCUCUCCAGAAGUUGGAAACGCAGGCUUUAUCCACCAAGAAUGCUGCGCCGGCGGCUCGUCCGUACGUCUUGCAAGAGAAGAGGCGAGAUGUUUGCAAUCAGGCCACGGCACCGGGAGCACACAUCCUCUUCGCAGGUAUCAGGAGCUCUCUAUUGGACAAGGAGAUCCUGGGAGGUGACUUGGCCGUCGAUGAGGGAGAAGAACUUGCUCUAAUGGUCUCCAGCGGUCGCAUAACAUGUCUAGAUAUCAAGUCCAGGUGCUUGUCUGCCCUCCAGCAUGACGAGACUGUGGAGAUUGAACUAGCCAAUGGGUACGUCACCCCAGGAUUGAUAGCUUUUGGCAACAACAUUGGUAUCCUCGAUAUCUCUUCCGAGCCGGCAACAGGGGAUGGAUCUCCGGGGUCGAAGAUCGAUGCACUAGAUGUGCAGAAGCACUUGCAUUUUGCCAAAUAUGGUGUGCACUUCGGCGGAAGAGGUUUCGGCAGAGCGAGAAUCGGUGGCGUGACAAGGGCGGUUACGGCUCCGGUCUUUGUAGGUGGCCUCCUACAGGGCGUGAGUGUCGGCUUGCGAACAGGUGAGAACGCGACUAUCUUGGAAGGCGGGAUUUGGAAGGACGAAGUGGCCCUUCACUUUGCUAUUGGUCAGGAAGCCAAAGGAGAUGAUACGCCAACUGUUUCUUCCGGUCUUGAGCGACUGCGUCAGGUCCUUCUCAAGAGCUAUGACAGAGACUUGUCGCCAGAUAGCGUGUACUCGCGCGCUUCCAAAGGCUUGCUUCCGGUCAUUGUGUCUACAGUGAAUGAGGAUGACAUCUCCCAAAUUAUUCUCCUGAAGCGAGAGCUCCCCGCUGUGAGAUUUGUCAUCUUCGGCGGACAUGGAGCGCCAUUGGUUGCAAAAGAGCUCAGCGAAGCUCAGAUCCCCGUCAUUCUCACCGGCAACCGCGGUGCGCCUGAUAAGUGGGAGAAGAAAGCGUCCCUUGCGGGCCCGCCUCUCUCACCAAGCCCGGCCCAAGUACUCAUUAAGGCUGGUGUUCUUACUGCCCUCGCUGUCAGAGGCGAUUCCAAAGUCCACGGCCUCGCCCAGGAGGCGCAGUGGGCGGCAAAAUUUGCCGGUCUAACUGACAAAGAGGCCAUCAAGUUGGUUUCAACCAACUUUGACGAAAUACUCGGGCUGAAAAGCAAUUUUCAAGCUUCAGACAAAUCCGGCGACACAAUUGCUGGGAACACCUCCCUGGGCGACUUUGUUGUCUGGGAUGGAAACCCUCUGAAUGGGGAGGGGAGUGUUGUUUUGGCUGUGCAAAGUGACGGGAAGAUUGGAGACUGCUGGCCGGAUGUUGAAGGGGCCGUUUUGUGACACUCGACUGGAGCAGAGUGCAAUAGCCUGUAAAAAAUGUAGGGAUAGCAAGAUCCGAGGUUAAGGUCAAGUGCUUAUUCAAAAAGAUUUGACUCCCGUUUCGGGAGAGAAUCUGCGCAGCAUAAUGUCAUCGUUGAGCCACCUCGUAGCUGAGAAAUACAACUGGA